CAAUUGGCAAAUCGCAACCAGCACAAACGACAACAAACGACAAGACAAGAAGACAACACAGCCGCGGUGCUGGAAGCAGUGUCUCCUUCCUCCUUGUGUGUCUGCCUGUGUAUCUGUGGUGGUAGUGGUGGUGGUGGUGCAUGGGACGACAGUGACGAUGAUGAGUGGUCAGAGGCGCGCGAGCAAAGGGGCGAAGAAACCAGAGAAGCACAUGCUUGGGUAUGAGGUGGUGGGCUGGAGCUCCUACAGCGCACAGUUCCACCCAAAGAACAUCAAGGAAGAUCGUCCUUAUGAUCAAUCCUCGCGCUGGUCCGCCGACAUCUCAUCGGCACCACAAUAUGUGCUGCUGAAGCUGCACAGCCCCGCAUUGGUGAAGGCGGUCAUCUUCGGCAAGCAUGAAAAGGACAACAACUGCAACGUCAGGGAACUCAAGGUCCUUGCCGGCAUGCAGGCGGACAAGCUGGAUGUCAUCAUGCACACGGGCUUGCAGAACGACUCUCGUCCCGAAACCAUUCCAGUUGACAGCGUCACCCUCUGCCAAUACAUCAUGGUUCGCCCGCUGCGCGUGUGGGAGGUUGAUUUUCACAUCAGCAUCUGGUACAUUGGUCUGCUCGGCACAGAGAAGCCCACAGCCAUCAAGCGCCACCACAAGCGCGUCCAACAAGAGGCGACGCGGCUGUGCCUGAAGCACUUGCGGCGCAGCGGCUAUAUGGACUGCUUUGAGCAGCUGUUGAAGAAGAGCAAAGUGCAGCUUGAGGACACCAGCGUCUCUGCCCUCUACUCCCUCCUCGUCCAAAAGGGCGACUUUGCUGCUGUGGAGGAAAUGCUGACUCAGCUCGAUACAGACAAGAACAUCUUCAACGAAUACAUUGAAAGCCAGCCGUACCAAUACGAGUGGAAACAGCUUGAGCCGCUCAACAGCUUUGGAUUGAAGGCGGAGGCUGACGAGAAGCCGUCGAUGCGCGGCGGGCACCAGGUCGUCAUUGACACCACAUCCCGCGUCAUGUAUCUCUUUGGCGGUUGGAACGGAGCGGAUGAACUUGGGGAUCUGUGGCGCUAUUGGAUUGACGAGAACCGGUGGCAGUGCAUCAGCGACGACGCCCUCGCUGACGGCGGACCCUGUGCACGCUCGUGCCACCGCAUGUGCAUCGACAAGGACAAGAAGAUCUAUGUGCUUGGUCGAUUUGCCCAGCACGCGCAUCCGCAGGACUUUCGCGUGUACGACACCGUCUGUGACACUUGGCGAACCAUCUCCCGCGACACGGCGGGUGACGGGGGCCCGCCGCUGAUCUUCGACCACCAGCUCGUGUACUGGCGCAACAAGCACGCCAUCCUCGCACACGGUGGAAAGCUGUGUGGACGCGACCAGAUGUAUGGCGGCAUGUACAUGUUCGACAUUGCGACCAGCAAGUGGGAAAAGCUCUUCGAUGCAAACGAGUCUGCGCCCAUUUCCCCACGCAUGGCGCACUCCAUGUUCAUCUCAGAGGCUGAGUCGUGCGUGUACAUCUUUGGCGGGCAGUACGACGGCCACUACCGGGCGGAUCUGCACCGCUACGACCUGAUCCGCCGCCGCGCAACGCUGCUGGAUGCCGACUGCACCAUCAAGAGCCACAUCACCGUCUCCUUCUCCCAACGCGUCGUCUUUGAUGCCGACAAGCGCGAGAUGCGCUUCCUCGCGGGUGUGGAGCAGCACGGCGAGCCGCGCUAUCUGUGCGACAAUGUCCUCUACGUCUGCAAACUCGACACACUCGCCUGGGAGCAAGUCAACUUCUCGCAGGACCAGUCGGACGACGUGCCGUGCCGGCGCUUCGGCCAUCAGUUCGUCUGGGACCCCGUCUCAAAGUGCCACUUCCUCUCCGCGGGCAACCCUGGUCUCGUUGACAGCAACCGCCUCCGCCUGUCCGACCUGUGGUCCCUGCGCAUCACCCGCCCCGCCCGCCACGACGUCCUCCGCAAGUGCGUCAAGCUCGUGCGUCUGCACCGCUACCAGGAGCUUGCAGGCACGGACCAGCUGCGCGCGUACCGGUAUCUUUGCGGCCCGCUGCGGGAGGCGUUUGCAGGGGAAGUGAUGACCCACGCAGCACUGGCAAAGGAGCUGUUCCGAGCACAGUCGUCAACCACUACUGCUACUGCUACUCCUGCUACUGCCACUGGCAAGGACACAGCUUUCGAGCGACGAACAGCGACCUUCCAGUACAUAAUGCAAUAUCUGCCCAAAUCAAUGCGCGAGCCAGAUGCAGAUCUGAUGGAUAUUGUUCGCUUGCCGCCAACGGCGGGCAGGCUCGGUGGCGCCAUGAGCAGUGGACGCACGUGCAGCAUUGAUGAUGAUGAUGAUGAUGAUGAUGAUGGCGAUGAUGAUGAUGAUGCGUGUGAUACCACCCCUGAUGAACUGCACCCUCGUCAAAGCUAAAGCCGUGCCUCUGUGUGUGUCCGUGGCUGUGUCUCUGUGGUCGCGAGUGGCUGUGUCUGUAGCGCUUGCCUUCGCCAGCCCCUGGCCAGUGUAUUACCGUUUGGUGUAUGCUUGAUCCUUGUUCCAUUGUUCCAUUGGCUGGUCGUGGUCGCUUCGCUUUGGCACGAUGGCGAUUAUUAUUCCACGUAUCACCCACUCCCGCAUGUCUUGUUUCGGUGGCCCGCACUUCGUGUUGGUUGCUUCGCUGUUUCGCACACGUUCAUGGCGAUGUUUACCUGUCCUUUGCUUUCUUGGUCAGCCAGUAUGAGACUUGUCGUGACAGUUGAUUUGGUUACACGCAAUACACAACAACAAUACACAUUACCUGUCUUUCGCG